CGCCGCCGUCCCGGCGGGACGCGGGGCCGGUGGAGCGGAGCGGGGCGAUGGUGCCGGGUGUGCCCUGGGAGACGGAGAGGUAGAGAUCUUAAAACCCAAAGAAGAUGUCAAGACGCAGUAGCCGUUUGCAAGCCAAGCAGCAGCAGCCACUGUCCUGUCAAGAAGAGUCUCCACAAGAACUAAAAACACUAGACUAUCUCCAGACCAGAAAAAGGAGAACAGCAGAGCAGGAGAUUAAGAAAAGAGAAGAUGGAAAAAUUGCUAAAAAACAUCAAUAUGAGAUUAAGAGUUGUUGGCCGCCCACGAUAACUGGAGGCAUCUCGCCUUGCAUAAUUAUUGAAACACCUCACAAAGAAUCAGUAACCACUGACUUCUCAAGAUUCAAAAAGUACAGGUUCAGUAACCUCUUCAUAAAUCCGUCGCCUUUGCCUGAACUCAACUGGGGAAACUCCAAAGAUAUCUGGCUGAACAUCCUGAUGAAGGAGAACAGAUACGCUCACUGCAAACACUUCACGUCACUACAUUCCAGUUUGCAGCCUCACAUGAGAUCGAUACUGUUGGACUGGCUCUUGGAGGUGUGUGAGGUGUAUGCACUCCACCGGGAAACCUUCUAUCUAGCUCAAGACUUUUUUGAUAGAUUCAUGUUGACACAAAAGAACAUUAACAAGAGCAUGCUUCAGCUCAUAGGAAUUACCUCAUUAUUCAUUGCCUCCAAACUUGAGGAAAUCUAUGCUCCUAAAAUACAGGAAUUUGCUUACGUCACUGAUGGUGCUUGCAGUGAAGAUGAUAUUGUAAGAAUGGAACUUAUUAUGUUAAAGGCUUUAAAAUGGGAACUCUGUCCAGUGACAAUUGUCUCCUGGCUGAACCUCUAUCUUCAAGUGGAUGCUCUGAAGGAUGUUCCAAAAGUGCUGCUACCUCAGUAUUCUCAGGAAAAAUUCAUUCAGAUAGCACAGCUUUUAGAUCUGUGUAUUCUGGAUGUGAAUUCUUUGGAUUUCCAGUACAGAACACUAGCUGCUGCAGCGCUCUGCCACUAUACCUCAAUUGAAAUAGUUAAGAAAGCUUCAGGCUUAGAUUGGGAGAACAUUUCAGAGUGUGUAGAAUGGAUGGUUCCUUUUGUGAAUGUGGCAAAAAGAUUCCCUGUGAAGCUUAAGAAUUUUAAGAAGGUUGCAGCAGAAGAUCGACAUAAUAUCCAGACACACACAAAUUACUUGGACAUGCUGGAAGAAGUGAACAGUGGAGUAGUGUCCACUGCCCCAGGUCAGUUAUCGCCCCUGUCAACAGGUGGAAUAAUAACCCCUCCCAAAAGCACAGAGAAGAAAUGAAAUACAAACAUCAUUAACGGAUUCAGAAACAGGACUUGGUGCUUCAGAACAAGACCACACUAAAGGUGACUCACGUUCUUUACUGCUAUUCAAGACUUUGGCAGUAAAAGAUGCAGCAGGAAAUUGAGACCAGCAUCAUCCUUGAGACUUGACAAAAAGAGUUCAGCUGAGCAUUCCACUCUGCUGUCACAGGAGCCCGGACCACCUUGGUCCAUUAUGACACAACUUAGUUUAAUUCUCACCAUUCCUAACUUAUUAAUUUCAAGAACUUUUUUAAUAGUGCCUAGUGGCAAAAUUGGUCCACUCAGCUUACAUGUCACACUUGCUUUAAUUUGGGCUAAAUGUGCAGGAGAACUUAUUGACAGCUUGUACCGAUUACCACUUCGUGACUUGUUCUUUUUCUUCUCUUGCUAAGGUCAGAGCUCACUGCCUGUCAGUUAGUCCCCCAGCUCAGGUGCAGUAUUACAGAGGCCCGUGGGUAAGCAGUUUAUGUCUGAAACCACUCUGCCGGUGCAGUACGGUGUAGCCAGCCUUGUAUCAAAUUCCAGCUCCACAGGAG